AUGUUGAGAUCUGCUACUGCUUCUAGAAACUUAUUCACCACUGGUGUUUCCAAGAGAAUUGCUCCCGCUGUGUUGCGUUUCUACUCUUCUUUACCUUUGUCUGUCCCAGUGACUUUGCCAAACGGUACUACUUACGAACAACCUACUGGUUUAUUCAUUAACAACGAGUUUGUUCUCCCAAAGCAAAAGAAGACCUUUGAAGUUGUCUCUCCUUCAACUGAAGAAGAAAUCACUCACGUUUAUGAAGCUCGUGAAGAAGAUAUCGAUGUUGCUGUCGAUGCUGCAUCUAAGGCUUUCGCUUCCGAAUGGUCCACUUCCGACCCCCUGGUUCGUGCCAGAGCAUUGAUCAAGUUGGCUGACUUGGUUGAAGCUAAUGCUGAAACUUUGGCUUACAUUGAAUCUCUUGAUAACGGUAAGUCUUUACAAUGUUCUCGUGGUGAUGUUGCUCUUACUGCUGCUUACUUCCGUUCUUGUGCUGGCUGGUCCGAUAAGAUUACUGGUUCUCUUCCCGAAACUGGUAGCUCUCAUUUCAACUACACUCGUAGAGAACCAAUUGGUGUCUGUGGUCAAGUUAUCCCAUGGAACUUCCCACUUUUGAUGGCUGCUUGGAAGAUUGGUCCAGUUUUGGCUACCGGUUGUACUACUAUCUUGAAGACUGCUGAAUCCACUCCAUUGUCUGCCUUAUAUUUGGCUACUUUGAUCAAGGAAUCGGGUGUUCCAGCUGGUGUUGUUAACAUUGUCUCUGGUUUUGGUAAGAUUGCCGGUGAAGCCAUUGCUACCCAUCAAAAGAUCAAGAAGGUUGCCUUCACUGGUUCUACUGCCACUGGUCGUCACAUCAUGAGAGCUGCUGCCAACUCCAACUUGAAGAAGGUUACUUUGGAAUUGGGUGGUAAGUCCCCUAACAUUGUCUUCAACGAUGCUGAUGUCAAGAGAACUGUCCAAAACUUGGUUCUUGGUAUUCUUUACAACACUGGUGAAGUUUGUUGUGCUGGUUCCCGUAUCUACAUUCAAGAGGGUAUUUACGAUGAAGUCCUUGCUGAAUUCAAGGCUGCCGCUGAAAACGUUAAGAUUGGUAACCCAUUCGAUGAAGAUGUCUUUAUGGGUGCUCAAGCUUCUUACGCUCAAUUGUCUAAGAUCUUGAAGUAUAUUGAAAUCGGUAAGAAUGAAGGUGCUACUUUAGUUACCGGUGGUGCUAGACACGGUGAAAAGGGUUUCUUUGUUAAGCCAACUAUUUUCGCUGAUGUUAAGGAAGAUAUGCAAAUUGUUAAGGAAGAAAUCUUUGGUCCUGUUGUUACUAUCUCUAAGUUCUCCACUGUUGAUGAAGUUAUUGACCUUGCUAACGACUCUGAAUAUGGUUUGGCUGCUGGUGUUCACACUGAAAACAUCAACACAGCUAUUGAAGUUUCCAACAGAUUACAAGCUGGUACCGUUUGGGUUAACACCUACAAUGACUUCCAUCCAAUGGUUCCAUUCGGUGGUUACGGUCAAUCUGGUAUCGGUAGAGAAAUGGGUGCUGAAGCCUUGGACAACUACUUGCAAGUCAAGGCUGUCAGAGUUGGCUUGCAGAAGGCCACUUAA